AUGUCCCUCCCUUUAACAGAUCUCAAGCGUCGCAACGCCAAACCACAUCAUCAUAAUCCUGUCCCCAACACAAAACGCGAUGAUGAAGAAGGCGGUUUCGACGGCUCAUCAUUCACCGGCGCUGUAUUCAACCUCUCAACCACCAUCGUCGGUGCCGGCAUCAUGGCUCUUCCCGCCGCCGUGAAACAACUCGGUUUGAUUCCGGGUUUGGUUAUGAUUGUUAUUUGUGCUAUGAUAACAGAAUCAUCAAUUAUGAUUCUCUUGAGAUUCACACAUGCAUCGAAAUCUUCGACGUAUUCCGGUGUUGUUCUUGAUGCGUAUGGUGGUGUUGGCCGUUUCUUUUUGUUGCUUUGUAUCAUCUUCAACAACAUGGGAAUGCUCGUCGUGUACAUGGUCAUUAUCGGUGAUGUGUUCUCUGGAACAUGGUCAGAAGGAGUUCAGUAUUCAGGAGUUUUAGAUGAAUGGUUUGGUCAACGUUAUUGGUCAACACGUCCUAUCUUAUUGUUUCUCAUAACAAUUUUUGUUUUUAUCCCUCUCGCAUCCUUUAGACGUGUAGAUUCACUAAGGUACACAUCAGCAUUAUCAGUGGCACUGGCUAUUGUGUUUGUGGUCAUAACAACAGGUCUUACAAUUGUGAAGUUUUUUAAUGGAAGCAUUGGUAUGCCACACUUAAUGCCCAAACUCACAAACGAUGAAUCCUUUUGGAAGCUCUUCACUACCAUCCCUAUACUAGUCACUGCUUAUAUCUGUCAUCAUAACGUGCAUCCUAUAGAGAAUGAGCUCAAAGAUACUUCUCAUAUGAAUGCGAUAGUUCGAACAUCACUUAUACUAUGCACAUCUGUAUACAUAGCAACAAGUAUUUUUGGAAUAUUAUUAUUUGGAGACAAUAUACAAGAUGAUGUACUUGCAAAUUUUGAUGGAGAUCUUGGAGUUCCUUAUAGUACAUUUCUUAAUGAUGUAGUUAGAGUUAGCUAUGGGCUCCACCUUAUCCUAGUAUUCCCAAUUGUGUUUUUCUCACUUAGACUUAACCUAGAUGGUCUUUUGUUUCCCCAUGCCAUUCCACUUGCCUUUGACAACAAGAGAUUUUGUUUUGUGACAAUAAUUCUCAUGGCUUUUGUUUUUGUUGGAGCUAAUUAUGUUCCUAGUAUUUGGUGUGCUUUCCAAUUCAUAGGUGCUACAACUGCCAUUUCUGUUGGUUACAUUUUUCCAGCUGCCAUUGCUCUAAAGGACAAUCGUGGGGUUGCAACAAAAAAAGACAAGUUAUUAUCUUUGUUAGUUAUAGUUUUAGCUGUCUCAUGUAGCACUAUAGCCAUAUGUAGUAACUUGUAUACCUUUAGUAACAAAACAACAUUACAUGUAGCCUAA